AGUGAGCGUCAAAAUUUCAGAUUCAGUGUUCUGAUAAGCAAAUACAUAAAAGAGAAAAUGCAGUCAGCUAAGAAUGUGGCAGCUUCAGCCAAGGCCGGCAUGGAGAAAACCAAGGCAACCGUCCAAGAAAAGGCGGAGAAAAUGACGACUCGUGACCCGGUCCAGAAGGAGAUGGCUGAGGAGAAGAAAGAGGCGAGGAUCCAUCAGGCGGAGCUCCAGAAGCAGCAGGAGCGCGCACAUGGUGGCGGCGGUGUUGGAACCACGACUGGCGGAGGCGCCGGGUUGGGAUCCGGUGGGGUUGGGCCCGUCGACCCGAACGUGGGCGGUGGUGCUAGAACUGGGUAUGGGUCGGAGAAAAUAAUGAAGGUGAUGCAAUCCAUCAAGGAAACCGCCGCCAAUGUCGCCGCCUCGGCCAAAUCCGGCAUGGAAAAGACCAAGGCCACCGCUCAAGAGAAGAUGGAGAGGAUGACAGCUCACAACCCGACCGAGAAGGAAAUGGCAAGCGAGAGGAAGGAAGAGCGUAUCCACCGGGCCGAGCUGAACAAGCAUGAGGCCCGUGAGCAAAAUGCCGCUGCCAAGCAGGCCGCUGGCAUGGGCGGCCCACACACCUACUCCACCACUGGGGCAACCGGGCAGCCCACUGGAGCCCACCAGAUGUCGGCCCUGCCCGGCCACGGCACUGGGCAGCCCGCUGGGCAGGUGGUAGAGGGGACUGUUGGGUCCCACCCGAUUGGGACUGCAACCGGCACAGAUUCUCUAUCGCGUAAUAUAAGCCCAAAUCUACAGCAGGAAAUCAGCAGAAUAGAAACAAACCUGACAAGAGCAGUGUUGCGCAGCAGCUCAAAAGCCCCGUGCGCGAAAUGGGCACGACCCCUUGGCAAAAUUAUCACAGAGCUCUUGCACCGUCACACUCGCCUCCUUAAUCUGCUCCAGCGUGCCCUCGAGCUCAAUAUUCUUCAGGCCCGGGUUCGUUUCGAUCGACAGCCUGGCACCCGUCUGCCGGCAUAUCUGCUUCGAGUUCACGCCUCCUUUCCCAAUAAUGGCGCCUGCCAGCGAGGCGUCCACGCUAACCUUGGCAGUGGCCGAGGCUCCAAAGCUGGCUGCUGGGGCAGGUGGGUCAGGCCUGGCUGCAAAGCGGGCUGGGUUGGAUCAGGGAAUGGGCUGGCGGGGCUCUUCGUGGGCCGGCAAAGCUCGGCAACUUUUUCAUAG